CUGCCUGGGGAAGGAGGAGGAAGCUGAGAAGACUAAAAGCAGCAGCAGCAGAAUGAGAGCUCAGUUCAGAGGAAUUCACUGGGUCGUCCGCUCACUGUCCUGAACUGAAUUAUUAGAGAGUGGUGUCUGCUGGUGAUGCUGGUUUGAAUCCCAUCCACUACACGCUGUGCCUAUGAUGAGGAUUUCUGACAGUUUCUCCUGAACACUUUGUGACUUUUUCUUUUCAGUACCAACAAAUGCAGACGAUGAUAAACUCGACACUGGUUCCAUAUUUUAUUCUGGGAGCUUACUUAGAUAUCAAGCAGCUAAAGUAUUUAUUCUUCCUGAUUGCCUUGUGUUUGUAUAUUGUAACUGUCGGUUCUAAUGUUCUGCUCAGUGUGGUCAUCGCUGUGAACAGGAGCUUACAUGAACCCAUGUACAUCUUUUUGUUUGUCUUGUUUGUGAAUCAGCUCUUUGGCAGCACAGGCCUCUUCCCACUCCUGUUGGUUCAGAUCCUCUCUGAUCUUCACUCUGUUUCUGUCCCCUUGUGUUUCCUGCAGGUUUACCUGGUUCACGUUUAUCAAAGCGUAGAGUUUUUCAACCUAACUAUCAUGUCUUAUGACAGAUAUCUGGCCAUCUGUCAUCCUCUGCAGUAUCACUCGCUGAUGACGGCCAGGAAAGUUGCAGCCCUUAUUGCUGCAGAGUGGUUAAUUUCCUUUCUCGGAGUCAGUGUUUUCACCUCAAUGAGUUUCACUCUGCACCGCUGUAAAAACGUCAUUGACAAAGUGUUCUGUAAUAACUACUCCAUUGUGAAGCUGGCCUGCUCAGACACAACGAGCAACAAUAUUUAUGGGCUCUUUAGCACUGUUGUUGGGGUGGUUCUUCCAGUUAUUUUGAUUUUCUACACAUACAUGAGGAUCCUCAAAGUGUGUUACUCCGGGUCAAAAAAGACCCGGCAGAAAGCGGCCAGUACCUGCACGCCUCACCUGGCCUCUCUGCUCAACUUCACAUUCGGAUGUGGCUUUGACGUUUUACAGAGCAGGUUUAACAUGGACCAUGUUCCAAGCAUGGUCAGGAUAUUUUUGUCACUGUACUUUUUGACGUGUCAGCCGCUGUUUAAUCCUGUGAUGUACGGACUGAAACUGUCCAAAAUACGCAACAUGUUGAAAACAUGGUUUCCUAUCAGAUCAACAUGAGGUCAUCACUUUGUUCCUGUUUCAUGAUAUUAUUGGGAAUCUCAUGCUUUUGAGUGAAUUAAACAGGAAAUAUAACAGCACAAAAAUUUGUUAUCUUUCUUCAACUUUUGCUUGUUCAUUUUGGAGGUUUUUUAAAGAUUUAAAUGGAUUAACUGACACUGUGACAUCCUACAUCAGUUUUAGUGAGGAGGCAUUGGACUCUCUCAGUGUAAGGAGACCAGGGAAGCUCCCCGUGCAGAUCAGUUACCGGUGCCAAAUCGUCUCGAACCAACCGGUGAGAACGUUCCAGCCAUUCUUUUUCCAAGUCUGUCUGAUCCCGUCCUGAUUCUGUUUGCCUGCCUGAGUCCUGUUCUGUCAGUCUCUGGAACCCUGGACCUGCUAACCGUAGAUUGCCCGCCUGUGUCCCUGACCCUGCCUGUCUAUGAGUACUGGAAACUGG